AUGUUCUUGGUAGAUUGGUUCUACGGCGUGCUCGCUUCGCUAGGUCUAUGGCAGAAGGAGGCCAAGAUCUUGUUUCUAGGUCUCGACAACGCCGGCAAAACCACCUUGCUUCACAUGUUGAAAGACGAGAGAUUGGUGCAGCAUCAACCAACACAGCAUCCAACUUCUGAAGAGCUUAGCAUUGGCAAAAUCAAAUUCAAGGCUUUUGAUUUGGGAGGUCAUCAGAUCGCACGAAGAGUCUGGAAAGAUUACUAUGCUAAGGUUGAUGCUGUGGUGUACCUAGUGGAUGCUUAUGACAAGGAGAGGUUUGCAGAAUCGAAAAAGGAGCUCGAUGCACUUCUCUCAGACGAGUCUUUAGCUACUGUCCCGUUCCUCAUCCUAGGAAACAAGAUUGACAUUCCUUACGCUGCAUCUGAGGACGAGCUUCGAUACCACCUUGGUCUCUCCAAUUUCACCACUGGCAAAGGCAAAGUGAACCUAACUGAUUCGAAUGUGAGGCCAUUGGAGGUGUUCAUGUGCAGCAUUGUUAGGAAAAUGGGAUAUGGUGAAGGCUUCAAGUGGCUCUCUCAGUACAUCAGCUAG